AUGGCCUUGGAGGGCAUUCUCAGGGCUGCUACUGGUUUGAAGCCACCGGCCACCUGGGAUGACGGUAUUCUGGGCCCACUGGGCCUGCCCUGACUGCUGGCUCUGCGGGAGCCAGUCCACUGAGACCCCUGGCACAACAUCAGCCACAAGCUGACCUACCUGGGUUUGGCGUGCUGCCUGUGCUUGGGCCACAGUUUCAGCAGCCUUGUGCUCAGCCCCAUGGGUGGCCUGCAUAUGUCCCCCACAGAUAGGCAGCUGGUGACACAGUCAGAGGUACCUGUCGUGGACUGCUCCUGUGCCAGGGUGGAGGAGAUGCCAUUUGGGAAGAUUGUGGAGAGCCUACUGCAGCUGCUGCCCCAAUAGGUGGCCGCCAGCCCUGUGAACUAUGCCUGGCCCUGCAAACCGCUCCCCGUGGAAGAUUUGUUGCCACCUUGUACACCUUUGGAACUUACUGUCAUUUUGCUCCAGAAGUUUAAGAGGGGCAAGGACUUGCUGGACCUGAACCACCAGCUUCUGAACAAGUACAUGGCCUGCAGCAGCCUCAAGUGGGUGCUCCAGGCAGAGAAGGAGUUCAAGAGCCCCAGGGGGAAGAAAAUGUUCCCCUUUGAUGUGAAUUCAGAGCAGGAAUUUGUAAAGUCCCAGAGGCCCAUGAGCAGCACCUGACUGCCCAUGGACUGUGACAAGAGUCAUGAAGACUGA